UUCGGGGGGAUAGGGGGUAGGGGCACCGGGGAAUAAGUGAGCGGGCCUGAGGCGGGGGCGGCUGGCGCCAUGUCGAGGCAAGCGAACCGAGGCACUGAGAGCAAGAAAAUGAGUUCUGAGCUUUUUACCCUGACCUAUGGAGCUCUGGUCACCCAGCUUUGCAAGGACUAUGAAAACGAUGAAGAUGUGAACAAACAACUGGACAAAAUGGGCUACAAUAUUGGUGUCCGAUUGAUUGAAGAUUUCCUGGCUCGGUCAAACGUUGGCAGAUGCCAUGACUUUCGGGAAACAGCAGAUGUUAUUGCCAAGGUAGCUUUUAAAAUGUACCUGGGCAUCACCCCGGGCAUCACCAACUGGAGCCCCGCCGGCGACGAAUUUUCCUUGAUCUUGGAAAGCAACCCUCUGGUGGACUUCGUGGAGCUUCCUGAUAACCACUCCUCCCUCAUUUAUUCCAACCUCUUGUGUGGGGUAUUGAGGGGAGCCCUGGAGAUGGUCCAGAUGGCUGUGGAUGUGAAGUUUGUUCAGGACACGCUGAAAGGAGAUGGGGUGACAGAAAUCAGGAUGCGGUUCAUCAAGCGGAUUGAGGACAAUCUCCCAGCGGGAGAAGAAUAACCGUUCCGAGGGCAGUGGAGAUGACCAGCUAGGGC